AUGCUAGUGGUUCUGAGGUCUCUGCAAAGGACCUUCUGCUCAUGGCACCAGCCUCAGUCUCUAGCGGAGAAGCUCUCUCUGCUUUCCGCACAAGGCCGCCUCGACGAGGCAGUGCGAGUCCUUGGCACCUGGAGCCACCAACUGACCUUCGAAACAUACCUUUCCCUUAUCCGUUCUUGCAUCAAAUUCAAUGCCUUUGGCUAUGGAAGAGAGAUCCACAGAUGCAUGAUCGAAGUUGGGUUCAAACCCAAUUUAGUUUUACAGAACAAUAUCGUCAUUAUGUAUUCAAAAUGUGGGUAUCUUGAUAUGGCCCGCGAAGUGUUUGAGGAAAUGAGUGAUAGAAAUUUAUUCUCUUGGACAGCAAUGAUUGGAGCAUAUUCUGAUCAUGGUGAUAAGGAGGAGGCAUUUCAAUUUUACAAGAAAAUGGUUUCUUCAGGAAUUAAAGCAGAUUGUUUCGUUUAUCCUAUGGUUCUGAAGUCAUGUGCUGCAAUGAAGGAUUUAAAAGGAGGGCAGUGCGUACAUGCAGAUGUUGUAAGGAGUGGGUUUUGGGGUGAUCUUGUUGUGAUGAAUUCUAUUGUGUACAUGUAUGCUAAAUGUGAAAGCAUGGGAGAUGCUGAAGGAGUUUUUAACGAAAUGUUGAUUAGAGAUGUUUUCUCAUGGACUACGAUGCUUGUUGCCUAUGUUCAGGCAGGUCAUCAUUCAGAAGCAUUGCAAUUGUUUGAUGAAAUGUUGCAUUCUCGAGUUAGACCUACUUCAGCCACUUUAGCAGGGAUUUUGCCCCUUUUCUCUGAGCUGGGUUCCUUGGAAAUGGUGAGACAGAUUCAUGGUCUGGUAACUGUAAAUGGAUUUCAGUAUGAGAAGUAUGUUGGGACUGCACUCGUUGAUGUAUAUGCAAAUUGUGGAAGUUUAGGUUAUGGGCGUCUCAUUUUUGAUAGGAUUAAGGAGAAAGAUAUUUCGUGCUGGAACAUUAUGAUCAAAAGAUAUGCUCAAGCUAAUCUUUAUGAUGAAGUAAUUCAUUUAUUACAACUUAGGCAUUUGGAUGGUAAAAAUUCUGAUAAAUCAACAUGGGAUAUUCACACUCUGUUCCCCAUUCAUGGUUUUCUCAAGAUGCUAAGACAUCUAGAACGUGCUGAUGUUAGACCUAGUGAGAUAUCUGAUACAUUUUUAGAUCUGAUUUGUGAAAAUGUAGAGAACAUCAAACAGGCCAGAGAACUCCUUCUCUACUUUAGGAAAAGUGGCUGUACCUUGAGUGCUGCUGUAGGCUCCAUCCUCAUAAGAAUGUGCUCUAUAUUUGGAGAGGUGGAAACUGCUCGAGAAAUUUUUGACUUUGUCAAAAUAAAGGAACCAGAUUGUUGGAAUGCUAUGAUUGCCUGCUAUGCUUACAAUGGGUCCGCCAAUGACGCCUUUGAACUUUUUAGUCAAAUGAGGAAGAAUGGGGUGGAACCUGGUUUGAUCAGCUGGAAUGCUAUAAUUGCUGGCUAUGUUGGCAUCUCUGAUUUUGAAGCCGCUUUAGAAAUUCUCUCUAAAAUGAAAUGGACAAACGAAAAACCUGACAUAGAAAGUUACAAUAUUAUUGUUCCAUUAAUUGGGAGUGUUACAAAUCUUAGUAUGGGGAAGCAAUUACACAGCAUGAUGCUUAGAACCAAUUGUGCGAUGAGCAAAUUCCAGUGCACAGCUUUGAUCAACAUGUAUGGAAACUGUGGGCAUGUGAAUUAUGCCAUUAAGCUCUUCGAUUUAACAGACCAUAAGGACUUGGUAUCAUGGAAUGCAAUCAUCUCGUGUCUUGCAAAGAAUGGGUCUCUUAGUGAAGCUUCUAGAGUCUUCCAUGAACUGAAAGUGUCUGGGCUAGAAGCAAAUACUAUUACUUGGACUGCUCUAGUAGGGGGCUAUGCAAAGCAUGGACUAGUGGAUGAAAGCUUGAAACAUUUUCGAGAAAUUCAAUUAAAUGGACUAAAACCCAAUUCCAUCACUAUUGCCAGCAUUCUCCCAGCUUGUGCACUGACAGCAACAUCAUCUCAUGGAAGAUCCAUUCACUGUCAUAUCAUAAGAAAUCGCAUUGGGUUGAAGGAUCCAUUUGUUUCAAAUGCUUUAUUGGACACGUACAUCAAAUGUGGAUUCCUGGAGUAUUCUGAGCGGAUUUUUUGUGGACUGCACAGAAAAGAUAUUGUUUCCUGGAACAUAAUGAUUCAAGGAUACGUGAUUCAUGGAAAACCAGAAGCUGCCCUCUCCUUCUUUGAUCAGAUGCUGGUAGAAGGGUUUCAUCCUGAUAGUAUCACCCUUGUGGGGGUUAUUUCUGCAUGUAGCCUCGCUGGGAUGGUUGAUGAGGGAUGGGUACAUUUUUGUGACAUGGAUUCAAGGUACGGGAUAAUGCCUCAAGGGAAGCACUACGCAUGUAUGGUAGACCUGUUGGGACGUGCAGGUCUCUUUGAGGAUGUGCAAAAUUUCAUAUCUCAGAUGUCACUGGAACCAACUGCAAGCCUUUGGGGUGCUCUUCUUUCUGCCUGCAAAGCACAUCAAAAUGUAGAGAUGGCUGAGUUUGCAGCAGGGCACCUCAUGGAGCUACAACCUGAGAACUCGGAAAAUUAUUUGAUACUCUCUGAUAUUUAUGCUAAGGCAGGAAGAUGGACUGAUUUUGUUAAGAUCAAGAACAUGAUGGCCGCCCAUGGAGUGAUGACACUAUCUGGUUGUAGUUGGAUCGAGAUUGGGAACUGCAUGCAUUCUUUCAUGUCCGACUAUCCAAUUCAAGAUAUUGAAGAGGAAUUGUACAGUACUUUACUGCAUUUGAUGGUUGUAGUGUUCGAAGAAGGGUAUGUGCUAGAGACAAACACCAUGAAUGCAGAAGCUUCAAAUUGGCAUUGGGACGACUUGAAAGUCGUUAUUUCUGUAUGA